UUCUACAGUUCCACUUCAAAGCCUUCUCUUGUCUUCAUUCCUUUACGAUCUUCGCAUCGCGCUCAGGUCACCAACUGCAAUCGCUCUUUUUGCCUUCACACUAAGCCUUCGCUUCACCAUCCUUUCAACUUCCAAAAUGCUCGUCGCAGCCACUUCCAUCGUCGCUCUCUUCGCCGCGGGCACCUCCGCGCUCGUUCUCCCACGGGACGAAUGCGCCGACGUACGAGAGUACCAGAACCUCGUUCAAAGCGCGCCGUUCUCCCCUGCGGCUGUGAUGGCCACGAGCUUCACCUGUACCUCGACGCCUGAGGACAACUGCGAGCUCAGCAAAGGUGUGGGACAUAGCGUUGGAGUCUCAUGGUCCGUCAGUGGCAGCAUAGACGUCGGCUUCGACCUCGGCAAGGUGUUUUCUCUGGGGGCUAGCGUCGGAUUCGAAUACGGCUGGUCCACCGAAGACGAAAGUUCUCAAGAAGCGACUGUCAUCUGCCCCGCAGGCGGCAUCGAAUGUGGCGCCCAGGUCACGUCCAAGCUGGUGACCAUCACUGGCCAGACACGUAUUCCUCCUGGUGGCCUCGGGUGCGCUGGCGACAACGACUGGCACGACUUUACCAUCACUGCUCCGCAGAAGGAGACGAACAAUCCCGAAGACCAGGCCAUGAGCUUCAGCGCUUGUUUGAUGAGCUGUGGCAGCGCGCAGUACCCAGAGAGCUGCGAUGUUGCGUACGGAGGCACAACCGGCGGCAGUAUCAUUCCGAUCUGCCCUAGCAAGUCUACCGCCCCUUGCCAGGGAUCAUUCGGUGGAACUUGCGGUACAGUCCCAGCGAUGAACUAGAAGAGUAGCCCAGAAUUCGGCUUGGAGCUGGUCUGAUGCCCCUUUCAAAACGUUGGGUCGGAGCGUAGGAGGAUCCCAGGCGGUUUGAGCUUGGUUGCAUUGGGCGGCGUCUUCAUGCGAGGUUUCCACGCAACCGUGUUGUAAGCGGAAUAAGCGAGCGGUUUCUUUGAUCUUUCGCAUGUAACUCUGUACCAUAAGUUAGUAUCUGAAAUAUUCAGUC